CAUAUUCAUUCAAGGCUGAGACGCGCCAUAUCCUCAGCAGCCGAGAGAGAGCCGUAAAGCUAAAUUAAAGAAACACCAUUCUGGUGAUCUAGAGCAUUAAUAACUCAAGUUUAUGCUACAGUUUCGUGCGCCUCGGUGCGAUCAGGCGCGCAACAGAAGGCGAGCGCACAUGGACGAACAUUUGUCCGUUUGAGUCAGUGACCGAAAAGUAACUGUGAAAAAGUUAAGCCGGCGACAGAAGAAUACCGGGAAGGUGCAAUGUCCAAAUUGUCAGCCCCGUUUCAGGGGAACACGCGGAGGUUUUCCGGCGUGGCACGUGGAAAGAGACCGCCGGAUUUGGAGCUGUCGGAAACAACUUUUAGUGCGCCUGAACUGGAGACACCUGUGGGCAACGACACUUUUCCCGAAAGAGGAAAAAUGCCAGAGGACCGUAACACUGCCACCAGUGUACCCCCUGUUCACCUACACCCCUACUUGUCUCAUCCCCGGAUGUCUGUGCGGAUGUCCGUGUACAGCACCGGGGUUCGUCCAGUCCUCACCCGCGCGCACAUCCAAGGACGCGUGUAUAACUUUCUGGAAAGGCCGACUGGCUGGAAAUGCUUCGUGUAUCACUUCACAGUGUUUCUUAUAGUUCUGGCCUGCCUCAUCCUCAGUGUCCUCUCCACCAUCGAUCAGUACCAGGACCUGGCCCACACAACUCUCUUCUGGGUGGAGAUCGUCCUUGUGGUGUUCUUUGGUGUGGAAUAUUUUGUCCGCCUUUGGUCAGCAGGCUGCCGCAGUAAAUAUGUUGGCAUCUGGGGCCGACUACGUUUUGCCAGGAAGCCAAUAUCUAUUAUAGAUCUGAUUGUAGUUGUUGCCUCAAUAAUUGUGCUGUUAGUGGGCUCCAAAGGCCAGGUCUUUGCCACUUCUGCGGUAAGAGGGAUUCGCUUCCUACAGAUCCUGCGAAUGCUCCACGUCGACCGGCAGGGAGGAACCUGGCGUCUCCUGGGCUCCGUUGUUUUCAUCCAUCGUCAGGAGCUGAUAACUACCUUGUACAUCGGCUUCCUGAGCCUGAUCUUCUCCUCGUAUUUUGUUUACCUGGCGGAGAAAGAUGCAGUCGACAGCAGCGGCUCGACCGAGUUUGGAAACUACGCUGAUGCUCUGUGGUGGGGAGUGGUGACAGUGACUACAAUUGGCUAUGGAGACAAAGUGCCACAGACCUGGAUUGGAAAGACAAUUGCAUCCUGUUUCUCAGUCUUCGCAAUUUCCUUCUUCGCCCUGCCUGCAGGAAUCUUGGGCUCAGGCUUCGCCCUGAAGGUGCAGCAGAAGCAAAGACAGAAACACUUUAACAGACAAAUCCCUGCAGCUGCCUGUCUCAUACAGAUGUCAUGGAGAUGCUUCGCACUGGAGAACUUUGAUUCUGCCACAUUCAAGAUGUUUUUGAGGAAGAGAUCCAGCAUGCCUGCCUCCUCUGUGUCCUCCCCCAAGCCCAAGAAAUCGGUGAAGAUAAGGAGGAAGCUGAGGAGCACUGACAAGGACAACGGUCCAACUUCCCCGACGAUUCCCACCAUCACCUAUGACUCUGUAUUCGACAGCGGGAGGGAGCUGAGUUCAGAUGUUUACAGCACCGUGGGCACAGCAGGAUUCAACACCCUGCGAGGAUGUGAUCGUGAACAGUCCUGGACAUCUUUGUCUUCUCUUCAGUUCAGCUCACCACCUCCAGUGAAGCGGAGCGCUGGCCUUUUGGAGGUCCAGUCUCCCGGCCCCCUCCAGAGGAACUGUAGCUUCGCAGACGACCUGGAGCUGGAGUCGGAGCGAGACAGCGAACUGGCUCCUGCCACCUCGGUUUCACAAUUGACAGAGUCACACCGUAAAGCAAUCAGAGUGAUCCAGAAAAUGCGUUAUUUUGUGGCCAAGAGAAAUUUUCAGCAAGCUCGCAAGCCAUAUGACGUGCGAGAUGUGAUUGAACAGUACUCCCAGGGUCACCUCAACCUCAUGGUGCGAAUCAAGGAGCUUCAGAGACGACUGGACCAGUCUUUAGGGAAGAUAACUUUGUUCCAGACGGGUACAGACCGGGCCAAAGACAAGGGCAACAACUCUAUUGGAUCCAGGCUCAACAGGAUGGAGGACAAGAUAACACGCAUGGAUCAGACUCUGAACCGUAUCUCCGAGUCCCUCACCUUUCUGCUGGACCAGAGGGAGGCUGGCGGGGGCGAAGGUGGCGGCAGGCUCAGGCCGCGGCUUGGACGAACCUGUAACGUCCUCCCGAGCCAGGACAGCCUGCCAAGCUACGACCAGCUGUCUUCAUCACCUUCAUCCUUCUCCUCCAACGCGGCCAGCUCUGUGGCCUGCCCCAACCCUCCCGCCAGCAUCGCUGCCAGUCAGGAUGACAGCUGAAACCGAACGGCCUCCAAGUUUGUCUUUUUUUUUUGUAAAACUUCAUUCCUGAUUUUUAGUUGCCUUGUUUGAGUGUUAUACUUGAAAUUUGAUCAGGUCAACGCCGACAUCACUGCCAUCUCCGCCUUGAUUGUGUAGCCAGUAAUAUUAAGAAAUUAUAGUAAUUUGUAUCAUUCAUUAAUUUGUGAAGGGGCCUUAUAAGAGUCAGAUCAAAUAAUGUUUUUCUUUUUGAUUCACUUUUGUUUGUUUUUUUAGAAAUAUUCUACAACAAUAAAAUAAAUUAACAUAAAGUCUCACUGUGA